AGGCGAGCAAGAUGGGAUUGCCGACAACGCAUCCGGGUGCGACGGGUUUAUCGUUUUUCUGUCACAACGGCGAACACCUGACGCAACCGCCUCCUGCUCACAUGGGUAUCCCGCCUUACCAGCUCGAUCCAAAAACGGCCGCAGGAGCCAUGGGAGCAAUGGGUGCUAUGGGAGAGUACUGGCGAGGACUGCAACUUGGGUUGCGAGCGUCGCCUGCGGCCGGUAACGGAGCACCUGGAACGAGUCCGCCGCCACCUCCGCCACCAGCUGUCGGUCUCAGCACCGGAGACUGGAAACGCCUUGGACCUCUGCUUGCUGCUACUGGUUUGACGAGGCCUUCGAUGUUUCCGUACUCACCAGCGCAGUAUUCUUAUCCUAUGCUUAGUCCAGAAAUGUCACAAGUCGCCGCAUCAUGGCAUACGCCCAGUAUGUACCCCAUUUCUUCAGGAUCAUCAGGAUUUCGAAGUCCGUAUCCAUCAUCGUUACCUAUUACUAGUACAACUCUUCCCAGUGAUUUCUACAGGUUUUCACCGACCGGACUGAUUCCAUCUCAUCCGCAUGCCGGGCUUAGUCCGCACGCACAUCCUCACCACGUGCAUUCACUAACAUCACAUCCCGCAAUCGUGACGCCGGGGCCCAAACAAGAAUUACCGCACCAGAAUAAUAACCACCGAUAUGCAAGGUCAUCUUUGGAUUCUAAAAAUUCAACAGCGGCCCAAAUAGACAAACAAAAUGGACCUGAUGCAGGUAAUUCUGCAGCAGAUAAGAAAAAGCCACAUAUCAAGAAACCUCUAAAUGCUUUCAUGCUUUAUAUGAAAGAAAUGCGUGCCAAAGUAGUUGCAGAAUGUACAUUAAAAGAAAGUGCAGCGAUUAACCAAAUAUUAGGGCGACGGUGGCACGCACUCGGGCGCGAAGAACAGGCCAAGUAUUACGAACUGGCUAGACGAGAGAGGCAGUUGCACAUGCAGUUGUACCCCGACUGGUCGUCUCGCGCUAACUCUUCGCGCGGCAAGAAGAGGAAACGAAAGCAAGAGACCAACGAUGGAGGAAAUAAUAUGAAAAAAUGUCGCGCCAGAUUUGGUCUGGAUCAACAAAGCCAAUGGUGCAAGCCUUGCAGACGCAAGAAGAAAUGCAUUCGCUACAUGGAAGCUGGUGGUGAAGAUGGUGGAGAUGAUGGCAAUCAAUCCGAUGAUAAUCUCGGAAGUUGCGGAAGCGUGGGUGAUGUCCAGACACCUCCUGAUGACGAAGAAGAAUCUCUGAAUCAAUCGCUAUCAAGUCCUGGUGGUCUAAGUGUAUUAUCAAGUAUGACUAGUUCAUCAAUGAUUUUACCUAGUCCGUCCACGAGCUUGGCGUCCCCUUCUAUUAGUCUAGCAUCCCCAUGUAUGAGCUUACAAUCUCCACUUACACCUCAUGAAAGUUCUGCUUUCGAAUGCAAAUUGCCUGUCCAGCCCUUGAUGCAUCAGCACGCACCACAUCGAAAUCCUGUGGGUACAAAUCCACAUGACAUCAAUAACCCUCUUAGUGUUAAUCAACUCACAUCUCAAUGUCCAAAGAAUUCUGUUCACGAUGUGACUUCAUGUACAAAAUCUUCUGAUCGAAGUCUCGCACAUUCGCACGGACGAGGGCUGCCAGAUCCAACAAACACGAGCACAACAAAUGCUGGCAAUGUCAUUAGUGUAACGUAGCAGGAAGCAAUCCGGUGAUAUAAAAGGCCUAGCUAUUAAUUUAUGUACAUUUAACGAAUUAAUAACUUCUCAUGCCUACAGUGACGAUUUGCGGAAGAGAAAUAUAAGUCUAUUAAAAGUCAAUUCAUAAGUGUGAUUAAUGAAAUGAAAUUAUUGUAAUUUGAGUGAAUGAUUCAGAAUUGAACUUCAAAUAAAAACAUUUAGUUAACAAAUACUCAGGACAAAGUGUUGAAUAACGAGACUGUCGAAUAAAUUUUGCAUUUCAAAGUGUAUCUGUGAAGAAGGGUAUGCUGUGAAAAAGUUUUAAUGCAUUUUCCAAAUGACCGCUGCACCUCCAUUUUUUUUUUAAGUAUUUGUAGCAAUUAUUUAUUCAGAAAAACAGUCAGGUGAACCGAGUUCACGCAAUAGACUGAAUCGUGCUUGUACAUUAUUAAUGUUCCUUGUGCCAGAUUUUUAUAUAGGUUAGCGUUGUAAAUUACUCUUACAUAAUAUUAAACA